AUGGCGAUCCAAGAAGUAGUCGAACGUUUGCAAGAUAAACUCACCACCCUACAAGUGGUCUUUCAGUACAUAGUCACGGGUCUACUAUUGAUUCCCGUGUUAUAUGUGCUGAUCAAUGAGUUUAUUCGCAGCGGGGCACGGAUUGCCAAUUUGAAGGGCCCCCGCGGUCUGCCCUUGAUAGGAAAUUUGCACCAAAUCCGGGUGAACGCAGCAGAGCAGUAUCGCCAGUGGGCGAAAAAAUAUGGCGGUGUCUAUCAAAUUCAACUGGGAAAUAUCCCGGUUGUUGUCGUCAAUACAGCCGGGGCAGCCAAGGUUAUCUUUGGAAAUAAUGCCCUGAGUUCCAGGCCUGAAUUCUACACUUUUCACAAGGUCAUAUCAAACACGGCUGGCACUACAAUUGGCACUUCUCCGUAUAGCGAUUCCCUCAAAAGACGCAGAAAGGGCGCCGCAUCUGCCCUCAACCGGCCUGCUGUGCAGACCUAUAUGUCGCAUUUGGACAUCGAGAGCAAAGACUUCGUCAAGGAGCUGCUUGAGUAUGGGAAAUCCGGGGCAGAGGGAAUUGAUCCAAUGCCAAUGAUUCAGCGCCUGUCUCUCAGUCUCGCACUCACGUUGAACUGGGGCAUACGUAUGGAUUCGCAACAGUCGGAUCUUUUCCACGAGAUCACGCAUGUUGAGGAAGAGAUCAGUCACUUCCGCAGCACGACCGGUAACCUGCAAGAUUACAUUCCGUUGAUCCGUCUGAAUCCGUUUAGCCUGGGUUCGGUCAAAGCGCGUGAGAUGCGUAACCGACGCGAUGUGUAUCUGACGGCUCUCAAUAAGGGGCUUGACGAACGCAUCGCCAAUGGGACCCAUAAGCCCUGCAUCCAAGCCAAUGUCAUAUUGGAUAAAGAUACAAAGCUAAAUAGUGAAGAGCUCACCUCAAUUAGCUUGACAAUGCUUUCGGGAGGUCUUGAUACCAUCACCACCCUUGUCGCUUGGAGUGUGGCUUUACUAGCUCAGCGGCCGGAUAUUCAGAACACAGCGCUGAAGGCAAUCCAGAAAACAUACGGUACCGAUCAGCCUCUGUGUGACGCGGAAGAUGACCAGCAAUGCCAGUACAUCGUCGCAUUGGUGCGCGAAUGUCUUCGGUACUAUACUGUUUUACGGCUGGCUCUCCCUCGUGUCUCAGUCAAGGACGUCAUCCACGAAGGAGUUCGCAUUCCAAAGGGCACUGUCAUCUUCCUAAAUGCAUGGGCCUGCAAUAUGGACCCCGAAGUAUGGAGCGAUCCUGAAGUAUUUCGACCGGAGCGCUGGUUCGAGAACGAGGAUGCGCCAAUGUUCACUUAUGGCAUGGGCUAUCGCAUGUGUGCAGGCUCACUACUGGCAAAUCGUGAGCUCUAUCUUACUUUUAUUCGCUUGCUCAAUUCUUUCCGUAUAGAAAAGGUCGACGACGUCGAUGUCCACCCAGUUCGUGGCAAUAUGGACCCGACCAGCUUGGUGUCGAUGCCGCAGCGUUAUCGAGCUCGCUUUGUGCCGCGAAAUAAAAAUGCUCUGCGCAACGCGCUGGACAAGUUUGUGGCUGUUGAGUGA